UUAAUCUGGUGACGUAGGUCACGUGUCACCCCGCAUCCCACCGUGCUUUCUCCGACGAGCUCCAACGCAACGCAGAAGGAUCCGCAGAUCCCCACCGGACCCAUCACCAAAUUCGGAAAAAACCCCAGACAAACAACGACAAAAGGUAUAGGAUAGAAAAAAGAAAUGUUCAAAAAGAAGCCAAAUGUGAACUACUCCCUCUCCCCUCUCUCCGCCGUUGUGAAGAACUAACGGUCUUGGUUGGUGAUAGGUCAAACAACUUGCCCCCCUUCGAUCUACCGACCGCCGCAAACUCGCGAACCAGAUUAUCAAGGACUUCAACUUAACGCCUCCGCCUCCUCCGCCAGCACCACCUCCAGCACCAACGAAUACGGAAGCAUUGGGUGAAGCUACUAUCGAGAAUGCAGAAGCAGGAGCGGCAGUUCCCCACCCACCGCCCCCCAAUGCUGGUGAAAUCGCCCUACGCAACGCCUUGCUCCCUGACCCCACGAAUUCGGCGAAAAUCUCUACAACCCAUGGACCAGAUCUGAAGCCCAUCGCCGGGAUGAUCUACUUAACGAGCGAUAAGCCCCCACUCCCGCUGUGGGUGAAGAUGGGCUCCGAAGAGAUGUUUCCCACUGUAUACACCCUCUGGCGGAACCCCGGUAUCGUGCCGGUGGUGCAUACCCACGCACCGGUGAUGGAGAGGUUGUGUGAUGGCGCAGAUUUGAUGAUCCCAGGACUCGUCGGGCCGUUUCCGGAGGGGGCAAAGGUCGGGAGGGUUGUGGGGAUUGCGAGUUUGGAGAGGCCGGGCAUUCCGGUUGGUGUGGGGGUUUGCGAAGUGGAUGUUAGUGCGCUUGAGUGGGUUGCUGGGGAGAAGGGGAAGGCGGUGAAGGUUUUGCAUUGGGUUGGUGAUGAGAUCUGGAAGCUUGGGGGUGAGGGGACAAUCCCUGAGCGGUUGGGGGAUGAGAAGGGGGUUGAGGAUUUGGAAGGGGCGAUUGGCGCAGUGAGUUUGAAAGGUGUCGACGAGAAGGGGAAAGGGAAGGAGGUGGAGGUUGGUAAUGAUGGUGCAAGUGAUGGGCAGGAGGAUGUUAGGGAACUUUCGGUGAAAGGUUUGCCUUGACUGAAUUGAGUGGCAUUUGCUCGUUUCUUUAUUUGAUGCUGGAUGUUAACCGAUACUAGAGAUUGAUGAAGCAUUCCAUGCGGCGGCAAUGUUUGGACUGUUUGAUCAUUUCGACACCGGAAAAUUCACUUCGUUGAGUUUCCCACUCACUUCCUCGCAGUUUAUAUCCACACUCGUCCUACCGUAUCUCCCACCAGCAUCAAGCUUUCCUCCGCACAACCUUCUGCAAAAUACCGCCCCCCAUCCGUCUCUACAGAUGAAGAGAUCUGGCCACAAGAAUGCUGCAAAGUUCUUGAAACUGCUAGAUAAGGAAGGGUAUAUCAAGGUUAAGACUAGGAACGGGGGAGAGGUAGUGGUGAUGGAUGUGGAUUGGGACCACGACGAUGUCAAGGGUUUCACGCCAUAUGCCCUUCCCGUACCACCCAAAGAGCCCAAGAAAGAGACUAGUACUGGACCUGCGAGCGGAUCCACCGCCCCUAGUCCAGUAAGGGUAGUAGAGCUCUUCAAACCAAAUGGAAAAGCCACAUCGAUAUUCUAUGAAGUGGGGGUAGGGUAUGUCCCCCGCUUAUAUAGCCCCUUUGAGUGAAACGCCCGCUAACAAAACCUAGAACAAAAGAUUUCUACACCUCCGCCGAGGUGAAAGCUAUCAUGAAUAAAUAUCUUGAAAAAGAAAACCUAAUAAGCACUACAAACAAACGCGUAGUAAAGGUCGAUCCCAAUAUCUCAAACACCCUCCUAAGCACGAGCCUCCCCGAGGACAAAGAAGCGCUCAGAGCCGGCACGGCAAAGCGUGACUACCUCGGCGAGAAGCUCUUAAAGGCCUGCUCACCAUACUAUCGCGUUCUACAUGCCUCCGCUGAUGAAUCGAGUAAGCCCAAAUCCGGUGCCCCGCCAAAGGUUUCCAUCAUACUGGAAUCGCGACAGGGCAAGAAGACUGUGACGAGGGUUAGCGGAUUGGAGCCGUUUGGGAUAGAUGCCAAGGGCGCGGCAGAGGUGUUGCAGAGAGCUUGUGCGGGGAGCGCGAGUGUCGGAUUACUGAAUGGGAGUAGUCCUAAGACUCCGGUUAUGGAGAUUGUGCUCCAGGGGAGUCACAAGAAGGCUGUUGUGGAGUUGCUGGAGCAGAAGGGGGUUGUGGGCAAGUUUGUUGUUGUUAGUGAUAAGACUAGUGGGAAGAAGAAGUGAUGUGAGGUGGGGGGGUAAUGCUGAGUCAGACGUGAUAGUGCAUGUAACCAGCUGGCCGGUCAGCUGAUCUCUCAUACUUGUAUGGAUAAUGAGUUGGUAUUUUAUAUCCCAUUGGGAAGGGGAUUCACUUAG